AUGUCAGCAGGCUUUGGUUCACCUCAGAGUCCCGAAAAAGCCGCCCGCCUACGCCGCAAGCGUGCUCACCCCUCUGCCGCGACCCCUCCUCGAACGUCAUCUUCGAGGCGGCCCAGGACACCACAAGGAGACUGGUCGACGGACGACGAGGCGGAUCAUACCGAAGAGCUUCUCGAGGGACCGAACGCACCGCGCAGAAGCGCUCAGGAGACGGGGAAGGUGCGGAAGUCGAUGCCUGCUCCGAGAAGGGGCCCGUCAGCUUACUCCACCAUCAUCCAGUCCAUCCGCCGCGCCCUCUCCCUCUUCUUCCGCCUCCUCCUGCCCCUCAUCGCGCCCAUCCUUCCCUACAUUCUUCUUGCGAUCCUCGUCUACGUCUCCCUCGCCAUCCUUCGAUCGUACACGCUCUGGUACCUCUCGUAUUUCCCCGCAUUCCUCCACGCUCCGCUCUCCCGCCUUAACAGCCUCGCCCUUCCCCUCCCUCACCUCCGCCCUUUCUCUCCUGCCGCCCUCCUCCGCCUCAACUACUCCUCCUUACCCGGCCUCGCCUUCGGCAUCUUCGGUAGCUCGUCAGCCCGUCAACGCGACUUUGAGCUUCUGAGCGCCUCCGCCGCCCGAACAGCCAAGACGCGCGCGUCCCAUGCUCUCGACGUCUUCGACCACCUCAUCCACCUCGGCGAUGCAGACAGCGAUGGCAUGUCGUUGGAACCCGUGGCGAUCUGGGAGCUCGCGACGGCCGUCAAGUACACGAGUACGCUCGAGGACCGGGAUUUCGUCGCGGGCCAGCUGGGAGAACUGGGCGACCUGACGCGGGAGGUCAAAGAUGCGGUGAUUGGGCUGAACGCGCAAGGCUUGAACGCUUUCGCUUUCGUUCUCCACGAGUUUGACCGCCUGGAAGACCUCAUCCUCCGCGCCUCGAGCUCCUCCAAACCCUUCACCGCCGCCCAAGCGACCGAGUUUUCCGAUCUCCUCUCCACCCUGUUCGGUAAGAUCUCCUCGACCCUAUCCGACCUCCUCAACUCCCUCGACCGCUCGAUCCCUCUCGCCACCCUCGCGUCGGACAAGUCCCGCCUUCUCUUUGCUUCUCUCCGCUCGCAAGAGGCAUCGUCGCUCGCUUCGCUCGAGGAGAUGGACUGGGUCAGCCACUUGCUCGAGUCGACUGGGCGGAAAGUGGGCGGCGCGAAGCGGGUCAGGAUGCUGAAGAGGGAUAUUGAGCUGACGCGAGUCAGUGCUGGCGGAUUGAUGGGCGUGUGGCAAGGGCUGGAGAAUACGAGAGAGUCGCUUGUGAGCUACCAACGGAAUCUCGGGCAUUACAAGGCCGGCCUCGUCGGCUACCACCUCUCAGGCCACUCGCUCUCCGUCGACCAAGAAGUGGCAAGCCUCAAGACCGUCAUGGACGAGAUGCGCAACACGCUCGAGCUCGCACGACGGCGCAGUCGUGGGGGUGCGACGAGGGCAAAGGUGCGGGAGUUGGGCGAGUCGUGA